UGGCAAUAUGUUCUAUUCGCUUUCGGCGAGCCAGAGCGAGUGCUUUUGUGUGUCGUCACAAGUAUCUCAUACUAUCUCUCUUUCUCUCACUCAUUGUCAGUCAUUCACUUUCUCUCUCUCUCUCUUUCCCUUUCCCUCUUUCUUUCAUUCUUUCUCUGACAUCAAGUGUACAGUGUUUAUAAUUCCUUUUAAAUAUCAUCGCAAUUAUUAUAUAUUAAGACUUUGUAAGAAGCAUUGUAAUUAAAACAAAUCAUCAUGUCGCUCGUCGAUCAAGAUCACGAGAAGAGAAAACAAAUUUCCGUACGUGGUAUCGUUGAUGUAGAAAAUGUCGCGAAUUUUAAGAAAACGUUUAACCGGCAUCUUCAUUAUACUUUAGUCAAGGAUCGUAACGUUGCUACAAGUCGAGAUUAUUUCUUUGCUUUAGCACACAGUGUCAAAGAUAAUCUUGUAUCUAGAUGGAUUCGAACACAACAAUAUUAUUAUGAAAAAGAUCCUAAGAGAGUAUAUUAUCUUUCUCUCGAGUAUUACAUGGGAAGGGCAUUGCAAAAUACGAUGAUCAAUCUGGGAAUUCAGGGUGCGUGCGACGAAGCUAUGUAUCAGAUGGGUUUGGAUAUAGAAGAAUUAGAAGAAUUAGAGGAGGAUGCUGGUCUUGGAAAUGGUGGAUUAGGAAGAUUAGCAGCUUGUUUCUUAGAUAGCAUGGCUACUUUAGGUUUAGCUGCAUACGGUUAUGGAAUACGAUACGAGUAUGGUAUUUUUGCGCAAAAAAUUAAGAACGGAGAACAAGUUGAAGAACCAGACGAUUGGUUGAGAUAUGGUAAUCCUUGGGAAAAAGCAAGACCUGAAUUUAUGUUACCUGUUAAUUUCUAUGGCCACGUUAUUGACACUCCUGAAGGCAAGAAAUGGGUGAACACGCAAGUCGUGUUUGCUAUGCCUUAUGAUAAUCCAAUUCCUGGAUAUAAAAACAACGUGGUUAAUACGUUGAGACUAUGGUCUGCUAAAUCACCGAUUGAAUUCAAUUUGAAAUUCUUCAACGACGGUGAUUACAUUCAAGCAGUCAUCGAUCGUAACUUGGCAGAAAAUAUAAGUCGAGUUUUAUAUCCAAAUGAUAAUUUCUUCGAAGGAAAAGAAUUAAGAUUGAAACAAGAAUAUUUCAUGGUAGCUGCUACACUUCAAGAUAUUAUUCGUCGUUACAAAGCUAGCAAGUUUGGAUCUAAGGAACAUUAUAGAACCGAUUUGGAUGCUUUCCCUGAUAAAGUAGCAAUUCAAUUGAAUGAUACUCAUCCUUCGUUAGCUAUUCCUGAACUUAUGAGAAUUCUAAUCGACGUUGAAGGCCUUUCAUGGGAUCAGGCUUGGAAUAUAACAACUCGAACAUGUGCAUACACAAAUCACACAGUUUUACCAGAAGCACUUGAAAGAUGGCCGACUAGUCUGUUAGAAAGUAUUCUUCCACGGCACUUGCAAAUCAUUUAUCAUAUUAAUCAUUUACACCUUGAAAGAGUCUCUGCCAAAUUUCCCGGUGAUAUGGAUCGUCUUCGUCGUAUGUCUUUGAUUGAGGAGGAAGGUGAAAAACGGGUGAACAUGGCACAUUUGUCUAUUGUCGGUAGUCAUGCCAUCAAUGGUGUUGCAUGGAUACAUUCAGAAAUUUUGAAAGAAACAGUAUUUAAAGAUUUCUAUGAAUUGGAUCCAGAAAAAUUCCAAAAUAAAACCAAUGGUAUUACUCCUAGGAGGUGGUUACUUCUUUGCAAUCCUAAUUUAUCUGAUAUUAUCGAAGAAAAAAUAGGUAGCGAUUGGGUUGUACAUUUGGAACAAUUGAAACAACUCAAACAAUAUGCCAAGGAUCCGAUCUUCCAACGAGCAAUAGUUAAAGUUAAACAAGAAAAUAAAUUACGCUUGGCACAAAUGUUAGAAAAAGAUUACGGUGUCAAAAUAAAUCCUGCAUCAAUUUUUGAUAUUCAGGUGAAACGUAUACACGAAUACAAACGACAAUUGUUAAAUUGUCUUCAUGUUAUCACGUUGUACAAUCGUAUAAAGAGAGAUCCAUCGGCACCGUUCGUGCCACGUACUGUUUUGAUCGGUGGAAAAGCUGCACCGGGUUAUCAUCUAGCUAAAAAAAUAAUUAAACUAAUCUGCAGCGUUGGAAAUGUUAUCAAUAACGAUCCCAUCGUAGGAAAUAAAUUGAAAUUGAUUUAUUUAGAAAAUUAUAGAGUUACUUUGGCUGAAAAAAUUAUUCCAGCCGCGGAUUUGAGCGAACAAAUUUCUACAGCUGGUACUGAAGCUUCGGGAACUGGAAAUAUGAAGUUUAUGUUAAAUGGUGCUCUUACAAUUGGUACUUUGGAUGGUGCAAACGUAGAAAUGGCAGAAGAAAUGGGAAAUGAAAAUAUAUUCAUAUUUGGUAUGACUGUUGAAGAAGUUGAAGCCUUAAAAAGAAGAGGCUAUGAUGCUUAUUCUUAUUACAACAAAUUACCAGAAGCAAAACAAUGUAUUGAUCAAAUUCAAGGAGGUUUCUUCAGUCCUAAUAAUCCAGACGAAUUUCGAGAUAUUGCCGAUGUUUUGCUUAAAUGGGAUAGAUUUUAUCUUUUAGCAGAUUACGAAAGUUAUAUUCGUAUGCAGGAACACGUCAGUGAAGUGUAUCAGGAUGAAAACAAAUGGGUAGAGAUGGCGAUACAUAAUAUAGCAUCCUCAGGAAAAUUCUCUUCCGAUCGAACGAUUGCCGAAUAUGCACGUGAAAUUUGGGGCGUUGAACCGAACUGGCAGAAAUUGCCUGAUCCCCAUGAACCACGUGAUAUCUAAAAAAUUCGUUUGAUAUAAUCAUCGAUUAUUUAUAUAAUAAGGGUUCUAUAAUUUCUUCUGUAUUUUAUCUUCUGCGAUAUGACAAAGUCAAUAGAAAUAAUAUCUUUCAUGAUAGAGACAAUAAAAUGUAAGUUUUCCCUUCAAAUUGUCGAGGAAAAAAAUGGCACGAUCAAUUAUUUGGAAAGAUAAAAAUAACAAUGUGCAAUAAUUAAUACUUAAUACACAAACGGACACACAUUAUACAAAUCUAAUUACAAUAAUAUAAAUUCUUUUGCAUUAUGAAUAACUACAAGACUGUCAAAUCUCUAAUUAUGAAAAAUAUCAUUAUUAUUAGACAAAAAUCUAUAUUCGAAUCUGAUGAAAAUCUAUUGAAAGAAAGGUCAAUGACUUGUUUAUCAAAAAAAAAAAAAAUUACCUACACAUAUAUAUCAC